CCCUGUGACCGUCGGCCGAGCGCGGCGUCUCUCUGCGGACCCGGCCCGUGGCCGCUCGUCAGGUGUCGGUGCCGGACCCGGCCCGUCGCCGCUCGUCAGGUGCCUGUGCCGGUGUGGCGGUGCCGGUGCCGGUGUGGCGCCGCCGGCGGUCAGCGGCCGGUGGCGGGCGGCGCACCGGCCGACCGCCGGUACCGCGCUCAGUCUGCGCCUCCGCUCCAGGUGCGUCGUCAUGCCGCCGGCCUCCGCCGUCCUCCCGCUGCUGCUGCUCUCUGUCUGCCUGGUGCGGCACGCUGCUGGCCAUGGCAGACUGAUGGACCCGCCAGCGCGCAACGCGCUCUGGCGGUUCGGCUUCAAGGGGCCGGUCAACUACAACGACAACGAACUCUACUGCGGAGGAUUCGUCGUUCAGUACGAGCAGAACGGCGGCAAAUGCGGCGUCUGCGGCGACAACUACGCCUCCGAGACGCCGCGGCCGCACGAGGCCGGCGGCGAGUUCGCCAACGGGGUCAUCACGCGCCGAUACGCGCCCGGCCAGAUCAUUGACGUGGAGGCCGAGCUGACGGCGAACCACAAGGGCAACUUUGUCAUCCGGCUGUGCCCGCUCAACAACCCCAACGAGACGGUCACACAGGAGUGCCUCAACAAGCACGUGCUGCGACUGGCCGGCUCCAAGGCAAUUCGCUUCGUCAUCCCGGAGGACAGCAAAAAGUCGGAGACGUUCCGCUGGAAGGUGGAGCUGCCGCCCUACCUGACGUGCACCCAGUGCGUCAUGCAGUGGACCUACUACGCCGGAAACACGUGGGGCACCUGCUCGGACGGAGAGGAGGCGGUCGGCUGCGGGCCGCAGGAGACGUUCGUCAACUGCGCCGACGUGGCCAUCGUCUCCAACACGCCCUACUUCGGACCCGUCCACAACAGCCUGCACGUGCGCCUGGCGUACACCAAGUCGGACGCGGACCGGGUGGCGGCCGGCCAGGAGGCCCUCUCCGACACACAGAGCGACCUCAGCGGCCAGCUGCUGGUGCGCGCGCAGACGUGCAUCCCGCACGGCCCGUUCCGGCUGCAGGCUAACGCCUCCGAGCGCUGCAUCCGCUGCCUGGCCGAGCCGGCCGGCUGCCCGGCCGACCAGUGCAUCUGCACUUCGGACUGUAAGGCCAUCGGCGAGUUCGCCUCGAAGCCCGAGUCGGACCUCUACUGUCACGAGAACUGCCUGGGGUACCCGAGCGUCUGCCCGGAGGACCGCUGCCAGUGCUACCCGGCCUGAGAGCGGGCCGCGCUCCGAGGGCGCCACCGGCCGGUCCCGGCGGCCACCGGGCCCGCGCACCGGCCGGCCCACCGGUCAUGACGUGAUUCAGGGUGGCUCAGACAGAGUCGCCUGAUUUGUGCGUUGAAGGUGGCAUUACACGCUUCAGCAUUGAUACCUAACGAUACGAAGAAGAUAAAUUUAAGUUUCAUCCAACAGCGUAGUUUGUUGCGUUUCCGAAACGAUUAUCGACACCGCCUAGUCUCCAUUUGCGCUGCUUUUUUGACAGAGGAGGACGAGACUGGCAUCAAUGCAGUGUGAAUAUCAAAGUCCUGCCAACGAGUGUGAUGACACAUGGCUAAUAAACCACAAAAUGGA